GUUACUAACGAGGCGUUUCAAAACAAAUGCGCAAAAAUAAAUUAAAAAAAAAAAAGAAGAAACGGGGCAACGGCUUACUCCUCUUCCACUGCUCAAGCAAACCUCAAUAAGGAUUUAUCUCUGCAAUCAAUUUGUAGAGAGCAAUGUAAGAGGAUCUCUGACAGGUAUUUCUAGGUUGUCACCUGGAUUUUGAUGGGUUUUGCGUUAAAAGGAAAGUUUCUUAUUCUAAAUCAUGUAAUUGGUACCGGUUUGAUGCUUUCUGGUGGAGUGAUUUAGUGCGGAAAGCUACCAGUCCAUAUGAUCGCCAUGGAAAGUGGGAGUGCACUUGUCUUAGAAACGAGCCCAUUUAAGAGUUUCAUUUCAGCGUUCUCAUAUGGGGUUGCUUCGAUGUCCAUGGUUUUUAUUAAUAAGGCAAUUCUGAUGCAGUAUGGGCACUCAAUGACUCUGCUCAUCCUGCAGCAAUUGGUGACGUCCUUGCUUAUACACUUUGGUCGAGUGAUGGGCUAUACAAAGUCCAAAGGAUUUGACACCAUGACUGCGAAGAAACUAUUCCCGGUUUCAUUUUUCUAUAAUGCAAAUGUGGCAUUUGCUUUGGCAAGUUUGAAAGGGGUGAAUAUUCCAAUGUAUAUUGCCUUAAAACGACUUACACCGCUUGGUGUCUUGGUAGCUGGAUUUUUCUCAGGAAAAGGGAGGCCUUCAAUACAGGUGUCUCUUUCGGUUAUAAUCAUUGCUGCUGGAGUCAUUAUAGCAGCACUGGGAGAUUUUUCCUUUGAUCUCUUUGGAUAUAGCAUGGCCCUGACCUCUGUUUUUUUCCAGACCACGUACCUGGUACUAGUGGAGAAAUCUGGUGCAGAGAACAGACUUUCAUCAAUUGAGAUAAUGUUCUAUAAUAGUUGCUUGUCAUUUCCAUUUCUGCUCUUUCUCAUCAUUGCCACAGGGGAAUUCCCCAAUUCUUUGUCAUUAUUAUUUGCAAAGGCUAAUUCUUUACCUUUUUUGGUGAUUCUGAUUCUUUCAUUGGUAAUGGGCAUUAUUCUCAACUUCACCAUGUUCUUGUGCACCAUAGUUAACUCAGCUCUAACAACAACCAUUGUUGGAGUCCUCAAGGGUGUCGCUUCCACUACCCUUGGUUUUAUCCUGCUUGGUGGUGUGCAAGUACAUGCCUUGAAUGUGAUUGGAUUGGUCAUCAACACAGUUGGUGGUGUGUGGUAUUCAUAUGUCAAAUAUAAGCAAAAGAGCAAGCCACAGAAGAUUUGCACGACAUAGUUGAAGUCUUCAGUGCGUCAGGUAGAAGUAGGCAGUAUAGUGUAGCACCUGCUUGAGCUUCCCAUGUGCAUAUAUUAUUUGGACUCAGAUGUAUAUGCCCAGGUUUUACAACGGAAUGUAUCCAAGAAGAUGCAGAAUAUUACUUACAACAAAAUUAUGGACUGGAAUGAGGAAAUUGAUGGAGAAAGAUCUUCAUGUUUUUGGAGUUAGAACACAAAUGUGAGCCUUCGCUUGUUGGGUCGGCAGCUGAGGCGAGCCAGAACAAUUAAUUGAGUACAAUGGUCUCACUGCAGAAAAUUUACUAAUCCAGGAAGAAGUGGGUUUCCAAUGAACCAGGUAAUGCAUAGUCCAAUCCAAGAUCCUAACCCUUCACUGGAUAUGUACCAAAUUGUCCUUCACUCUGGAUUCAUCCCAAUCUCCACUAUACUGUCAAGCAAGAUUUUAAAUAUUGAUGCAUUCAUGUGCAUGAACAUACGUAUCAGGUGUUUCGGGUGACAAAACCUUAUUUUUCUUUUUUUUUUCUUCUCAUAUUUUCACAGGGAGGCCAUUCUUAUGUUAUUUAACUAAACAAAAGAGUUUUUAAAAAGUACCUCUAUAUAGGGUUAUAUUGAGCAAAGGAUACGAUACGUAUUGUAUCAAAAUUUUGAACCUUGCUAUUAUCAAGCACAUUUCGGAGCUGACCCCCUUGGAAAACCUUGUUCAAUUCUCUUUGUUAGUGAAUGAGAAAGACUGGUUCAUAAAUAAAUGAAGAGUUGUAAGAUUGGAUUA